AUGUCUCUGGACCUAGUCAAAGACAUCUUCCUGACGUAUGAGGGUAGUGUUGGGUUCUAUGUUCUGAUAAACGGUCUACUCCAGGUCAUUGUGCCAAAAGACUUUGACACGACCUGGGCAUCAUCACACCUUCCGCAUACAUAUGGUGGCCUCAAGGUCUGUUACAUCGAACAGAUCCUCGAGCCAACUAUGCUGCCAUCGAAACGGUUUGCUGGACGGAUCGGCCUCAUGGUAGCAGAAGCCGGUUCCCCGCGUGUAGUAAUGUCUACACACGUCAUCACUGAAGCCAUCCUGGCGAGAUCGCAUCGCGACGCUAUACUCGGUCGGAAGCAUGACAGCCAUGUGCAGAAACUGAAUGGGAACUGGAAUGAUCACGUCGAGAUCUGGGCUGGCAGUGAAAAGACGUCCACCGUCAAUUUCCUGGCCGACUUUCAAGGCACACGGUCAGCGAAGAGCAUCAAAGGCAGCCGUCCGUCAGAUAUUCUCGUUGUAGGCGAGGGCAUAUUCCUAAACCAGAGGGCUGCAGCGGGUGGUUCAAAGAAUCUCAAAGAGCACGACGCAGCAACAUGGAAAGACCUCGUAUCGCGCGCACUCUUAUAUCGUGUGCAUCCCGACUUUGAUCCGCCAAAUGGUCAUAGUGGUACCGCGCUUUACGCUGAAGGGGUGAGGGAAGACGGUACCGUAGGCCCAGGCAUUGUCGGCUUCCAGAGCUUUGUGCAGCGUAGUGGUCAUGUGCAACAUUUCGACAUGGAAGGCCAUGCUCUAGAACGAAGGUUACAGCUUGGAAGGGUGGCAUUUUACGGUGCAUUUGAAGUUCCUGCUGAGCUGAAGACGUACGACAUAGUUUGA